AUGGUCUUCUUUGACCUUGAAAAGGCAUAUGACAGUGUAUCGCGUACACUGAGUUGGGAUACUUUGGAGGGUAGAGGGGUUCCUGGGAAGUAUAUAGACAUAAUUAAAGAUAUGUAUGAUAUAACUGAAACUAGUGUUCGUGCGCCUGUAGGGGAUACCGAUUCCUUCCCUGUGGAGAUAGGACUCCACCAAGGGUCAGUGUUGAGCCCAUUUCUUUUUACGAUUGUCAUGGAUGAGUUGUCCAAGUCGAUUCAGGAGACAGUGCCGUGGUACAUGCUUUUUGCAGAUGAUAUUGUUUUAGUUGCAGAGACUAAACAUAGGUUGAAUGAGAAGUUAGAAGACUGGCGAGUAGCUUUAAAAGACAAUGGGUUAAAGAUCAGUCGGUCGAAGACUGAGUACCUUUACUGUGAUUUCAAUGAUGCGGGGGGUUUCGAAGACACUCAAAUCACCAUUGAAGGUCAGGUUGUUCCGGAAGCAACUAAGUUCAAGUAUUUUGGAUCGUUUGCACAAAGAGACAGGGAGUUAGAUGGCGAUGUAGCUCACCGUAUUCAUGUUGGCUGGUGUAGGUGGAGAGCAACCACUGGGAUAUUGUGUGACUCAAGGUUCCCAACUAAAUUAAAAGGGAAAUUCUAUCGGAUUGCAGUGAGACCUGCCAUGCUAUAUUGGACAGAUUGUUGGGCCAUUAAGAAAUCACAAGCAUGCAAGAUGGAAGUAGCAGAGAUGAGGAUGCUGAGGUGGAUGCGUGGUCACACAAGGUUAGAUCGAGUAAGAAAUGAGGUUUUUAGGGAAAGGUUAGGGGUAUCUAGAAUAUCAGAUAAGAUUAAGGAGGGAAGAUUGAGAUGGUUUGGGCAUGUGAAGAGGAUGCAAGCAAUGGCGCCAGUUAGAAUAGUGGAAACCCUCACAGUAGAUGGAAGGAGGGGCAGAGGUAGACCCAAAUUGACGUGGGAUGAGCAGAUUAGACAGGAUUUGAUAGAAAUGCACGUCUCAGAGGAUAUGGUCCAAGAUAGGAGUUCAUGA